GAACGAAAACAAAAUAAAACAAGCUAGGAAGAUGUCAGCAGCCGGCAUGCUGGUGCUCCUCGUGUCAUGUAGUGUCUUCUCCAUGGGACUGUCAUUCCGCAUGGAGGGUGGGCUCAUGACAUUCACACCAAAAGGGAGGAAUCCGGAUGGCACAUAUCGGGUUGAUUUUCGAUACAAAGAAUCUUACCGAAAUUACUGCCAUCAAGAGUUUUCCUGGGACUGCAGCGGCGGGGACUGUGGCUACACGAGAGAACUCCAAUACGGGCAAAUAGACAACAGCCCGCUGGAGGACACCUGGUGCCAGGCUGAAGGGUUCAUGUCGAGAAGUGUCCCCAGUGACAAGCCGUUUGAUAUGAAUGAAAACGGUUGCUGUUGGGUCUACAAUUUAUAUGGAUUCCCAAACUGGCUGCUGUCAACUCACGUGGACCUGGGCAUGAGAUCCGACACUGGAAUUCCCAACAGAUCUCCAGUCACAACACUCCCUCCAAAGCUAAGGGUCCCACAAAACUGCCCCACCACCUACUCACUGCUGGCCUAUGACCCUGAUGGUGACCACGUGAAAUGCAGAUAUGGAAAGUCAAACAACAGUGAGUGCUCCACCUGUGCUGAACCAGCUGGCUUUGGACUAAAUGAGAUAUUGUGUGAACUUUCUUACUAUGGCUCACAAACUGGGGUGUACAUCUUUGAACUUGUCAUGGAAGAUUUUACGCAGCGGCACAUUCAGUUACAAUACACUGAUGGCUCAUCAGUGAGCAAAGCCCCCCUUUACUCUGUCAGGAAACGUAAAAGUGCUUUUUCAACAACCCCAAGCAAUUCGGAUUGGCCAAUGAAUUAUGCUCCAACAUUAUCAGCUGCUUUAAUGACAAGUCCAGGUAGCUGGCCCUGGUGGUUUCGGUUGUGGUGGAAUGAACACUCCACAACAACGGCUCCCUAUACAACAACCCCAAGCAACUGGGAUUGGUCAACGAGUACAGAAACAACAACAGCAGCUCCUACCACAUCAAGCAACUGCAACUGGUGGUGGACAACGAGUACGGAAACAACAACAGCAGCUCCUUCCACAUCAAGUCCAGACAGCUGGCCCUGGUGGUGCAACUGGUGGUGGUGGAAUGGACAAUCCACAACAACAGCUCCUUAUACAACAGCUCCAACCACCUGGUGGUGGUCAACAACUGUGGAAACAACAACAGCAGAUCCUUCCACAACAACUACCAGCAACUGGUGGUGGUGGUGGUGGAAUGGACAAUCCACAACAACAGCUCCUUAUACAACAGCUCCAACCACCUGGUGGUGGUCAACAACUGUGGAAACAACAACAGCAGAUCCUUCCACAACAACUACCAGCAACUGGUGGUGGUGGUGGUGGAAUGGACAAUCCACAACAACAGCUCCUUAUACAACAGCUCCAACCACUUAUACGACUAGCCAAACAUCCCAAACAUCAACAUACUUACCAUACACACAACCUGCAAACCAAGACCCACUAAGUAAAAUACCCGUCCAGUUCCUUGUGGAAGUUAUUUCUUCAGUGCCCAGCUGCAACUUUGGGGAUUACAGGCCUCAGUAUUUGAGCCCUACGCCUUACAACGGACAAAUCCGAAAAGCGUUUGUCAAUAGUCAGUUUCAGUUCACCAUCAGAACACAGGCAUCAUAUGCUGUCAUACAGAACAUCAUGGUCAGUGGCCCACUGAAUAUAACAAAAUCAUACCAGUAUGAUUACCAGGCACUCAUCGGAAAAGCAGAAGUGACAUGGACACCUUCUGAAAAUGACCAAGGCGAGUCCGUCCCCAUUUGUUUCUUUGCUGAGACUCAAGAAGGGUACCAGUCUGAGCUGAGAUGCAUUGUAGUGACAGUAGGAAGAAGUGAAUUUCUCCCAUUGAAUAUUGAGGCCAGCAUCGAGUGCACCAAGACGACAAUGUCCCUGUUUGUGCUGAAGUCUUCGGCCCCGGGCCUUAAUGAACAAUACAUGCAACUAAAUGACCCUCGUUGCUCACUGACAUCAAAUUCAACACAUCUGAUCGCGAGUGUGUCUCUGAACUCCUGCGGUACUCGUUAUCAGGAAAAUGAUACAGAGAUCAUUUUCGAGAAUGAGAUUACAACAUUUGAUCAUUCCAAUCAAGUCAUAAGCAGAAAAAACCAGAUUGAGAUUCCUUUCAGUUGUUCUUACCCUAAAAUGGGGACAGCCUCUGCUUCCUUCUCUCCUCACAAAGCCAGCUACCUGUUCUCUGAAGCCGGCUUUGGCUCCUUCACCUUCGUGUUUGAGUUUUAUGAGAGCAGCGACUUCACAAGCAUCAUCAACCCCAGCGAGUACCCGAUUGGGGUGGAACUUGGCGAGAUGUUGUACAUGGGCAUCAGUGUGGACUCACCGCUUGACAACAUCAUGUUGUUUGUUCAGGACUGUAGAGCCACACCUCAUGACGACCCCAGUGACCCAACCUACUAUGACAUCAUUACAGACGGGUGUGUUCAGGAUGACACAGCAAUAAUCUUCCCCAGCAACCAGACAGAGUUCAGAUUUGGAAUGGCAGCCUUCACUUUCAUCGGGGAUCACAGCCAGGUGUACAUGACCUGUACGGUCAUUGUGUGUACUGCUGGAAGUCCCGGAACCCGAUGCACUCAGGGCUGUGUUAACAGCACAUCUACUGUACCCAGAUACAAGAGAUCAUUAGCUUCAGAAAGUCAGGAGCACUUCAUCUCUCAGGGACCACUCUACCUUUCAAAAAAGAACAAUAAUCAGGUCAGUCUGAAUCCAAACACCCUUGUCAUUGUGAUGGGCUUCAUUGCAGCUGUGGCCACUGUGGCCUCUGUGGUCGGGGUUGUGAUUUAUAAGAUAAAAAUGUCAAAGGUGGUCCGAUACGAACGUCUUCCUCCUUCAGAGCUCUGAGCAUCUUUAGAAUGAGUUGUCACCACAGUG